AUGCCUCAUAGCUUUCAUUCAGUUGGAAGACGGACGAAGAGAGAGGGAGAGGAAGAAAGCGGGGAGGCGGAUCUUACACUUGCGGAUGCGGGCGGCAGUGUAAUCGCAGGAGGAGCAGGUGCUCUUCUGGAGGUGGAAGCUACGGCUGCUGCAGCGGAUGCAGAGCGUGUGCGUCUUGUUCCGGCGCUUGCCGAAGCUGCUCGUACCCUUCCCCUUUUUACGCUCAUGGCUCGCGGAGGACGAUGUCGUUCGAAGUCAUGGCCCCACACCGCUGUCGGCGAGGUCGGGCCCAACAGUUGGGGACGCGCUGUCGCUGGUGGACCCCGCGAAGACGAGGGAGAGGUCCCCAUGCUUGCGCUCUUGCGGAUGGCUGAGCCAUCGGUGAGGACCACCGCUGCCAUGCCACCAGAUGACGACGCGUCGACGUCGCUGUCCGCACGGAGCUACCGCCGAUGAGCUGGUGGAGCGGCGGCUCCAGCGUCGGAUCUCGAACUGUGAAUUGGCGUGAUGGCCCUACGUCACCUGGAGGAGCUCCAAGGGCACGCAGACCCACGGCACGCUCGCCUGCCUCGCCAACGCACGUUGUGCCCUAGCGCUGCGCCAGAUCCGGCAGUGGCGGCUUCUUCGACCUAAUAUAAUUGUGCAUAUUCCUCUUCUACAAGUAUUCUUAUCCACUUUCUUGGGUUUCAAAAAAUCGACAUAAUAUAAAAGGAUGUGCAACCAACAGAAUCCCACAUUUCGCAUGUCAUGGAACAUUGAUACAUAACCACAUAAGAAAGAUGAUUGAUUUCAUACACAUAUGUUCACAUAAAAAUAACUUCAAAUGUGAAUCCAUAGGGUGAUGGGCAUUCAAGAACUUAAAAUGUGAAUCCAUAGGGUGAUUGGGCAUAUA